AAAUCAUCCAACAAUGAUGAAUUCACUGAUCAUUCGAAAGAAGAAAAAAUUUGUAAGAAUUUUCCGGAUCAUAAUGAUGAUUCUAGUCAACAAAUAAAUGAAACAAUUAUAAAACCACCAUAUUCAUAUAGUUUGUUAAUAUUUAUGGCUAUUGAAUCAUCACCAACACGUUCAAUGAUGGUUAGAGAUAUUUAUAAAUGGAUUAUCAAUCGAUAUCCAUUCUUUUUGACAGCUCCAUCGGGCUGGAAAAAUACUAUACGCCAUACGUUAAGUCUAAGGAAAUGUUUUAAAAAAAUUAAUAAUAACCAUAACCAUCAUCAUGGUAAAAAUAAUGAUUCCGAUUUAAAAAGCGGCGGAUAUUGGUAUGUUGAUCCAGAAUAUCGUUCAAUAUUAUUACAACAAGCACAACGUAUUGCAAAAAAUUCAUCAUCAUCAUCAUCAUUAUCGAAUCAACAAUUACCAUCAACAAAAUCAAUAUUAAAAGGAAAAGAUUUAAAACGGAAAAAUAAACCAAUUGAUCCGAAAAAUAAACCCAAUCAACAAUUACCAUCAAUUACAAAUAAUCAUUAUAAACAAUAUUAUUUACGAAGAGAAAAUAAUAAUUAUCAUCAUCCGAUAAAAAUGAAUUCAAAUUAUUUUGUUUAUAAUAAUAAUAAUAAUCCAAAUUCUAUACGUAUCGAUAAUAUAAUAUCAAAAGGAAAUAUUUAUCGAAAUUUAAUAUCGAUUAUUAGUGUUAAUCAAUCGCCAAAAAUUUAUGCACCAAUGCCAAUACCGACAACAACAACAACGAUUAAAACUAAUAAUAAUCAUGAUAAUCGUAACCUAUCAACGACAACGUCGAUGACAACAACAACAAAUAUGGACAAACAACAACAACAACAACGAGGUAAACAUUAUUCCUGUAAUUUAUUAAAGGACAAACAAAAUGUUUGUAAUCAUCACUUGGCAACCAAUGGUGUUUUAUUCAACAGUAACAUUAACAACAACGCACAACAAGCUACCAUGGUGAAUAAUAAUAAUAAUAACGGUAUCGAACAUUGUACAAUGACAACAACAACUAAAAUGAUGAUG